GACACUAAAGGAGAAAGAGCCCUCAGGCUCGAGCUCAUAGCACUUGUUGCUCGUUUGUAACAAGUUUCCAGAAGAGUCCUGAGAGCCUUUUAAAACCACAACGUUUUUUUCUUCUCUUGAGGGCAAAAGAACAAGAUCAACACUAGUCGUUGGCAUCAUGCGGAAACUCGCUUUUCUCGCCAUUUUACUUGAGGUUUAUGCGAAGGUGAGAACAAUCCCCCCAGAAUGUGACCCUCAUCAGAUUCUCUUGGACGAACAGCAACGUUGUCGUGAAGAACUGGAGAAACACAACGCGACGGGUUCUGUGGAUUCCGGACCAGGAUGUCCAGGCAUGUGGGACAUGCUAAACUGCUGGCCACAUGCACAGCUGGGGGAGACUGUGUCACAGCCCUGUCCCACAUUCCUUCAUACAAAGGGGGAACCAGGUGAAAUCUACAGGAACUGCACUUCCCACGGCUGGACUGACUCUUUCCCACCGCAUGACAUUGCGUGCGAGAAUGCUUUUGACACAUUCAGCUUUCCUGGGGAGACCGCCGAAACCCACCUGUACUUCCUCUAUGUGAAAACAAUGUAUACAGUGGGCUAUGCCAUUUCUUUAAUCUCCCUGUCCAUCGCUAUAUCAAUACUUUGUUUCUUCAGGAAGCUGCACUGUACACGCAACUACAUCCACAUCCAGCUCUUCCUGUCCUUCAUUCUGCGUGCAGCCUUCAUUUUCAUCAAGGACUCUGUCCUCUUUUCCACAGAGGACUUCUACCACUGCAACUCUUAUCCGGUGAGCUGUAAACUUGUGCUGCUCUUCUCCCAUUACUGUAUCAUGGCCAACUACAGCUGGCUGCUGGUGGAGGGUCAUUACCUUCAUGCACUCAUCCGUGUCUCCUUCUCCAAGAGACUCUAUUUCUGGUGUUAUAUGCUCUUGGGCUGGGGGGCACCCUCAGUGGUUAUAGUAGCCUGGGGCUUGGCAAAAUACCUCCACGAAGAUGAAGGAUGUUGGGAAACCAGGAAAUAUGACUGGAUCUGGUGGAUCCUCAGACUCCCCGUCCUCCUGUUCAUCACUAUUAAUUUGUUAUUUUUUCUGAGUAUAAUAAAAAUACUGGUGGGGAAGCUAAGGAAGCCGGAUGUGCAUGGUAAUGCUUUCAGUCAGUACAAGAAGCUGGUCAAAUCCACUUUCCUCUUAGUGUCUCUCUUUGGCCUGCAUUAUAUACUCUUUGCCUUCUUGCCUGACAAAGUAAAUGAUUUAACAUAUAAAAUUUGGAAUUUUGUUGAACUUGCCCUAUCAUCCACCCAGGUACUAAGUUUUCUUAUCUUUUAUAAUCAAGUGCUCUUUCAAAAUUGUUGUAUUAUAUAUCAACUUAAUUCUGCUUUGCAGGGUUUUGUGGUUGCAGUUCUAUACUGUUUCCUAAAUGGGGAGGUGCAGCACGAGUUCCGGAGGAAGUGGAGGAGGUGGAAGCUCCGAGAGCUGCAUAGAGGCGCCAGGCAACACCAUGGCUCCAUGAGCCAGAGCGGCGCACCGCUCACCCAGGUCUCCCUGUUCCCUCGAGGCCCCACAGCAUGUUCGUCCAGCUCGGUGUGAACCUUCACGCCGGCCCCAGGAGCGUCCGUUUGGGCUCAUAGCCCUAAAUUCCAUGCAGCUCUUCCUCUUGCUUUUCCACCGCUCUUGCUCUUUUAUAUUUCCAUUGUGCAGUGCUACCAUUUUGGAAUUCACCAUUUGAGUUGCACAGCAACAUGGGGCCUAAGUUUUCUUAUUUAGAGCACUGGUUACUGUGAUGAUACAGUACAUCUCAAAUGUUUCAAUACAUUUCAUUCAUUCGUUCUCAGCAACCACAUAUCCCAUGUAGGGCUCCAGCGCCCCACAUUCUGAGAAGCACAGAAUAGUUUUCAUAGGAUGCCAGUUCAUCACACUAUAGGAAAUUCAGCUGACACACAUUGAUACUGUGUAGAAACCAGAGCACCACCAGGAAACUUCUGUGCACAUAGACAGAACAUGCAAACUCCACACCGACUGAGCUAGAUUCCAGUCCAUGUCUCAACCCAUCACCUGAGCACUGUGAUACAUAAGAUGUGCCUGCUCUUACUUUUUUCCCCUCUUAUUUUGUGAACCAAAACAAUGCAUGCUAUGUCAGCCAUUUUUCCCUGGGCAUUCCACAUUUGAUAUCUGCAUUAGUAGAAUGUGCUCCUGAAAGUAUAAUAUUUAUCAUGUACAAAUAAAUAGUACAUGUUAUGAAAUAAAAGUAGAAAGUACUACAGCAGGGUACAAUAGUAAAUGUCUGAUCAUGCAGUUGCAGUGUACUUGUAAAAUAAUCAGGCAAGCAUAACUACACAAGGAAUGACUGAAACAACCAUGCUGUGUCUUCUUGUGCAAGUCCAGAUGAUGGAAAUUUGUGAAAUUACUUUUGUAGGCAUAAUAAAAUGAACAUAUAUGACAAAACGAUAUGAGAAAACUGCAGGUCCAAGUAGUCAGCUCAACUAUAAAACAUUUUCAU